CAUGUCCAUAUUGUUUAGUUUGAUCGAGGUGAAGGCAGAAAUGCUGAGUUACCUACAGGAUCUUAACGGCGCCAGUCAGAAGCCUCCAGAACAAGGCGUUAGUUCUGUGGUAUUCAACUCACAUUCUCGUCCAAACAUUCACUUAAAAAAGAAAAGUGGAAAAUCAAAGCAAAAAAAAUCCUCGGCAUGCAAACUAAUUAAAUUAGAAGAAAUAAUCUGAAAUGCUCAAGUGUUUUGAAUAAAACUGAAGCCACUAAAGGUAAAUUGAUAAAUUCAUAACUUGAAUUCAUAGUGACCCUUGAUCUUCCAGAUCACAUGUCCCUGCCACAUUACAGUCCUCAGGAACAUGCAGGUUUAAUUACAGUGGACGUUAAUCAGAAUACAAAAAGUACAUUGUUACUAUAAUAAUAAUUGCAUUUACUUAACUCUGCAUUAAGUUUUUAAAUGAAAAAAAAGGCCUGCAAAGGAUACUACAGAAGGAAGUCUGUUCAAAUACUGUGUGUGUGUAUAUUAUAUAUAUAUAUAUAUAUAUAUAUAUAUAUAUAAACUACUGCAGAUUUUCUUCAUCGAAUAAUUAUUAUAUAUAUAAAUGUAUAAAUCAAAAAGGCUGAACCUGAUUUAUUGAUAAUCCAAAAUAUUAGACUUUUAAAAAACAUUGAAAUGAAGCUGUCUGUGUUUGUGGAUGUUGGAGGGGAAUUAUGUUUAAAGUUUCAUUGAAGAAAGAAAGUAUGAUUUAUUUGACAUGACAUUGCACUUUGUUUAAAGCUUUGCUUCUGUUAAGAAAUUGGUUUCACUAUGAGAAGAUCAUAAUUCACCUUUUUAGUUGACUUUCUGCUGAGAGAGUAAAGAACAGAUCCGUAGUAAAUAUUAGAUUGCUGUAAAUUAAUUGACUGCGGUUUUACGACACCCACACACACCUUGCAUCCUAGUACCUUCAAGACGACUGAGUGACAAACAACAACCGCGAGCUUCCAGGGAAACGUGUGUGUGUGUGUGUGUGUGUGUGUGUGUGUGUGUGUGUGAAAGUGUGUGUGUGAAAGUGUGUGAAAGUGUGUGAAAGAGGGAGAGGGAGGGAGCACCUGGGAUAAAGUAACUGAAAAACUUUCACACUCGCCAUGCACAGGGGCCCCAGGAUGAGAAGUGGCGGCAUCAAAUGGUCACUUCUGGUCUUUGCCGUGGCCUCAGCCCUGUUGUACCUCGGCUCCAUCAAGACGGAUGUGCGUACCCACUCGGAGAGGCUCCAGAGGGCCCACCACAACGAUUCCGUCAGGGGCCUGGGGAUGCUCAAGAGGAUGGAGAAAAUGGAAACCGACAUCAGCAGGCUGCUCAAUCUGAUGAAUAAGAUGGGAAAGAAGGAGGCGGUGGCGGAUGUGGAGGUGAAGAAAGAGAGGAAGGUGGUGAGGAAGCUGUUCCCCAAUUCGCCUCUGUUCGGCAAGUGGGGUGACGAGCUGUCAGAGCAGGAGCAGAAGGAGGCGGAGGAGUUGUUCCGGAGAUAUGGGUACAACGCCUUCCUCAGUGACCGACUGCCCCUCAACAGAGAGAUCCCGGACACCAGACCCCCCAGGUGUGCUGAGAAGAAGUACCCAGCAGAUCUGCCCACCAUCAGCGUUGUGCUGAUCUACCUGGACGAAGCUCUGUCCAUCAUCAAAAGGGCCAUUCGCAGCGUCAUGGACAAGACCCCGGCUCGGUUGCUGAAAGAAAUCAUACUGGUGGACGACCACAGCAGCAACGAGGAUCUGAAGGAGAAAUUGGACGAGUACAUCACUUUGAUCCACGAGGAGCAUCCGGGCCUGGUGAAGAAAGUGCGGCACUCCGAGCAGCUGGGCCUCACGCAGGCCAGGCUGUCGGGAUGGAAGGUCGCCGUCGGGGACUUGGUGGCCAUCUUGGACGUCCACAUAGAGGUGCACGUGGAAUGGGCAGAGCCAUUGUUGGCUCGCAUCAAAGAGGACCGCACUGUGAUAGUGACACCAGUGUUCGACAGGGUCAACUAUGACGACUUGACUGUGAUGCCCUACAUAGCCGCAGCCGACGCCUUCGACUGGGCUCUGUGGUGCAUGUACGAGUCCUUCAGACCAGAGUGGUACGAUUUAAAGGACGAGUCGCAACCUGGCAAGAGUCCGUCCAUCAUGGGAAUUCUUGUAGCCGAUCGCAAGUUCCUCGGAGAGAUCGGAAGCCUCGAUGGCGGAAUGAAAAUAUACGGCGGUGAAAACGUGGAGCUCGGCAUCCGGGUGUGGCUCUGUGGAGGAAGCAUCGAGGUCAUACCUUGCUCUAAAAUUGCCCACAUUGAACGAGCAAUAAAGCCGUACCUCCCUGACUUCAGCGUGAUGGUGAAGCGCAACGCUCUGAGGGUGGCCGAGGUUUGGCUAGACGAAUACAAACAUAAUGUCAACAUUGCCUGGAACAUUCCUCUUGAGAAUCAUGGGAUCGAUAUCGGGGAUGUGUCGGAGAGGAAGGAGCUGAGGAAGAGGCUGAAUUGCAAGCCGUUUCAGUGGUACCUGGACAACGUUUACCCCCUGCUCGACCCCCUGCGGGACCUACUCGGCUAUGGAGCGCUCAUGAACGAUCUGAAGCCAGACCUCUGUAUCGACCAAGGCCCGGUGCCUGGGAACACGCCCAUCGCUUAUCCAUGCCACUACUACUCACCUCAGUAUUGUUACUAUCGCACCGAUGGACAACUCUACAUCGGCGGAAUCAAAUCUCACAAGUACAACAGCAACCGCUGUCUGGUGGACUUGGGCUCCGGGGCCUACCCGGGACUGUACGAGUGCAAAGUCGCCCGGCAGAAGAAGUUCAACAUGCUGUGGGAUUUUGAACAGGACAGACCGAUCAAGAACAGAGGGACAAAGAGGUGUCUGGAAGUCGCGCUGGAUGGAGACGGAAAAGAAAAGUAGCUCCGACCAGUUGUCAGGUAAUGUUACACUCUUAUCAGCCCUCUGCAGAACAAACAGCGGUACCAAAGAGGCACUUCACGUGGAAUUUUAAAUGUUCGAAUAAAAGCCCGGCGAUGUUUUUCUUUUAG